AUGAAAAAGUUCAUUCAUCCAAAGCCAGGGUUGUCAACCUUGUCAUCUUGUCCACUCUUUGACCAUGUCUUGGAUCGUUGUGGCAGUCAUUUCGUCGGUUACUCUUCUCCACUCUCCACAUUCUCUCAAAUAUUGAAUCCAAUGAGUCGUAGUAGUAGUAGUAGUAGUAGUAGUAGUAUCAGUAGAAGUAGUAGUCGUAGUCGUAGCACUAGUAGUAUCAGUAGUAUUGAUACCUCCACACACAAGAACUAUUCCACAAAAAUCAUUACACCCUCUCAUCAUCCCUUUGAAGGUCUCUAUCCUUCCGAAUGGUUGAAUUCUUUCCAUCUUUACAAUCAAUUAAAUGCCAAAUUCCGUGUUGCCAUCACAAAUACGUGCAAUAUGAAUUGUUUCUUUUGCCACAAUGAAGGAAUGAAGAAUCCUCGAUCACCUGGAGAUCCAAUUCCUCUCAAAAAACAAGGACCUGAACCAUUUCCUAUUCAAGAGAUUAUCCGAUUGUGUAAUGAUUUCUGUGAAUUGGGUGGAACUCAAUUGAAUAUUACAGGUGGUGAACCAUUGGCACGUAAAGACAUUGUGAGUGUUCUUAAAAGUAUUGAUAAAAAGAAUACUCGUGUGGUAUUGAAUUCAAAUGUCUUGUUGGCAGAUCGAUUGUUGAAAGAGAGUGAAAAGAUUGAACAAAUUGAUGCCAUCUAUGCCUCUCUUCAUACCACACGUGAGAAUGAUUUUAAAAAGUAUUUAGGUAUUGGUGGUGGUGCUUCUCAAGUCAUGAGAAAUAUGAUUCGUUUGAAAGAACAUGGUUAUAGAGUUCAAAUUAAUUACAGUUUAGGAGAAUACAAUAGAGAUGAAUUUGAAAAUGUACUCAAGUUUGCACUUCCUAAUAAGAUUGAUUUGAAAGUCAUUUCCUUAAUUCGUUCUAAUUUAGAUGUGAAUCAAUAUGGUGGUGGUUAUGGUGGUGAGAAAGAUUCUGGAAAAGCACUCGUAUUUCAAGAAGAAUCAUCGACUACUACUACUACUACUACUACUACUGAUGCUAUUACUUCUUCUGGAUGGUCCAAUCCUCAAUGGUUAGAAGAUUUAUUGGAAUCGAAUGGAGUGGAAAUUUGUGGUACACGUGAAGGAUUUGGUGGUCGUGUGAAAAUUUACAAAACAUCUCCACAUUCAGAACAUCGUGUUGAAAUUAAGAACAUUGGACGUGGAAGAUUGAGAACGGAUUACUGCAAUAAUUGUCGAUUCAGUGCUCAAUGUGGAGAGGGUAUCUAUGCCAUGCGAUCAGGUGUGGAUGGUCUAUUCAAACCAUGUGUUCUCAAUAGUGAUAAAUUCAUUCCCAUUCAGAUUGAAAGUGCAUCCAGUAGUGAUUACAAACAUCAAAUACUCUCAGUCAUUCAUCGAAUGGUUGGAAAUUGGAGAAAUCAUCAAUUUGUUGAAGGACCACCUCAAUGA